ACUGUAAUUAUCAUUUGUUUUUUAUUGUUGAUGUACUUCUUUAUAGUUGGAUAGGGCAUCACUGUCUGAUAUUUGAUGAUGGUGCCAACUUAACGGCAAGGGUAACCUUUACGUCAAACGCUCUCAAGCGUGUUUCGGGGAUUCCCCAACAAAUCUAAUUCAAUAUACCAUAGACAAACAGCAUUCUUUCACUCCCUCCUUCCUUUACGAAAGAAGCGAGAUAGAUUGUAAGUACUAUACCGCGAUUACCGCGUAUUCACGUAUUUACUGUCACUGUAAAUGAAAGAAAGUUUAAAAGUUUUACGUGCAUUAUUAAUUAAUUGCUUAAUAGUCGUUAAUAUGCCGCCUAAAUACAGUCAGCAUUACCGGUCUGAGUGGGAGCAAAUGCUGGAUUUCAAGGAUUGGUUACAGCCUGUCAAAGAUGAUACGACGAAGGCCUAUUUAGAAGAAACUUUAAAAGCAGUCAAGCCUUCUCUAAUCGAUAUUGCAAAAGAAUUCCGACUGGAUGCAUCUACAAUGGAUAGGCUCAUGUCUCAAUGGAGAAACAUAGUGCACAUUAAAUGGGAACGCACAUCUUCCACUGUAGAAUUCUGGAAUGAAGUAAUUGAUUACAAAGAUGCAGCUGGUAAUAACCCCUUUGCAGAUUUAUCUCAGUUAGCAAUAUCAUUAUUAUCACUACCUCAUUCCAACGCAGAAAUUGAACGCGUUUUCAGCCAAAUGAAUAUAGUCAAAUCUAAACUUCGCAACCGUUUGUCGAUAAAAACUUUAAAUGCCAUUCUAUACGUCAGAUUCGGCCUAAAGAGGGCAGGGAAAUGCUGCUAUUCUUACACAGUUCCGGAUAACGUACUGCGCUCUAUAGGUACCAAGGAGAGUUAUAGUCUUGAGAAUAAGGCUUCCACGUCUACAUGCACAUCAGCUGCCGAGCCUGCCGAUGAAGACGAAGAUAUUAACAUUUUAUUUAGUAACAUAGUCGAUUAAAACGUAGAAUAAAUCAAAAUUUUGUUGAUUAAUAAACAUUUAAAAUUAAAUGACGUUGUAUUUGACAUUGAAAAAUGUUAGCUUAUUUUCUGGCAAUAUUAUAAAGCAAUUAGCAUAAUUUUGGCAAAAUUUUAACAUCAGUUUAGCAAGUUUUAGAUUCACCUUGUUGGCAACA